AUGUUUUGGUUGACUGUACAAGUUGAAGCCGUCAAUAGGAAAACGGGACAGUUAGAAAUAUUUACACCGAAGGUCAGCAAAGACAACCAGUUGGAGUUUGAUCUUCAAUAUGCAAAGUUACCUCGAUUUCCCGAAGAAAUUUGUGAAAUGAGGAAACUGAAGGUAUUGAGACUUUGUAUAGACAACAUACACUCUAUACCUGAAACUAUUACCAAACUGAGGGAACUGGAAGAGAUUUAUUUGGUUACGAGUAAGGAGGUCUUGGGCCCAAAAUUCUGUUCCCUUCGUGUCCGGUCCGCACAACCAGCAAGAUUAGGUCUGCAGGAGGUCCCUACUGCUGUUUAUGAUCUUCCAUGUCUUAAGGUUUUGUCUUUGCGUUUCAAUUCUGCAUUCCCAUUGCUAUUUUAUGAGCUAAUGUCACGUCAACUGCCCAGUACUCUUGUGGAAGUGAGAAUGAGGGGAUGUGGUUUGACACAAGCGAAUUCGUCUCUGAGCUGCAGCAAUGUGAAACUGCGCAAAUUGGAUUUAUCAUUGAAUAAUCUGCAGUCUUUCGAAUAUUGCAACACAGGGAUGAUAGGAGAGUCAACAGUCCUGGAUGAUUUAGAAGAGCUGGAUUUGUCAGACAACAUAAAUCUCCGAACAUUUGCAUUAACAGGUCUCAACAAGUUGAAAGUGUUGGUGUUGAGACGCUGUCACAUGCAGUGGCUACCAUCAGGAAUGAGUGAACUCCAUCAUUUAGAGAAGCUGUAUUUAGGAGGAAACAAACUAGGAGUAUUUCCCACAUUUUCAUGUUUGCAGUGGAAGCAUUUACAAACAUUGGAUUUAAAUAACUGUGAUUUAGAAGAGAUAAAGUGGGAGUUGAUGUUACCUAACAUUUCCAAUGAGCUGAAUCUUUCUUUUAACAAGAGAUUAUUGUUUCUUUCUAACAAGAUUUGGAAUGGGCUGAACUUGAAGAAGUUGUAUCUGGCCUCUAGUGGUAUAUCAAGUGUUCCCAAUACAGAAGUCAAAAUUGAGAUAGUUGACUUGUCAGGCACUUCUGUCACUCAUCUUCCCAAGAAGUUUGUUUUUAGCCCUAAACUUCAGUCAUUGAAUGUGGGAGGAUGUCCACUAGUGUCUCCACCCAUUGAAGUGUGCAAACGAGGCAUUGCUUCUAUGAGAGGAUAUUUUCACGAGCUGGAAAGGGUGGGUGGAGUACGACGUGGCAGAAUAAAGAUUAUAGUGAUGGGAAUUACAAUGGCAGGAAAAACAAGCCUCAUUGAAGCACUGGAGAGUGGUAACCCAUUUCUGGCAGAACCCGAUGAAAGAACUAUAGGCGUGGAAGAAAAAGUUAUGAAGCUGGAUGAUAAAAUAGAAUGCAAAGUGUUGGACUGUGGUGGCCAUAAGGCGUACAUGCUAACCAACCUUCUGAUGGUUAGUGAUAAUUCAUUGGCCUUGAUUGUCGUCGACGGCAGUCGGUAUCAAUUUACUCAACACUUUUUUCGUUCCAAUAUUGGCGAUUUCCUGCAAGUUUUGUAUGAGAGAAACAGCAGAGCUCACAUUGCUAUUGUGGUCAGUAAAGUCGAUCUGAUGGUUGACAUGUCCAGAGAAGAAAUGAAUAGAAAGUGGGAUGAACAUCUGCACACUCAUCUACAUCAAUUCCUGGAGAUGAGACGAAUUCAGAUUAAGCGAAUAGCAGCAACCAUUGCAGCCGGUGAUUCUAAUGGAAACAAAUACAUACUGGAACGUCUUCAAUUUUUUGAAUCACAGUGA